GAUCCGAAGGCCUUGGGCUUGGUCCCCCUGACGGACUCCGAAUGGGCAGGCUUGCCAUCAACCAGGGCCAACUAUGUGGCCUUCUCGCAGCAGCUGCCGAAUCCUUUGAUGGAGGCUGGCUGGCAAGGCAAAGGACGGGCCGAAAAGGCUGCCGAGACGAGCGCUGCCGAGGUCGAUCUGAACUUUGAUGUUGUGGCAGCAGGGUUCAUGUCCUCCUAUGUGGAUGCCCACGUGGCCUACGCAGAGUCCGGCCUGGAGAUCACAGGAGAGUGGCGAACAGCCGAUGGAUCUUCCGGGACUCUGACGGGAACGAAGGCCUUGGCUGGCCUGGCCCUGGGUGGACUGUGGCAUUUGGAGCUGCAGACGGGCGCCGAUUCCAUGCAGCAUGCUUGGAACUGCUGGUUCUCCU